AUGCCAAGCAACACCACGAAACCCGGCUUCUACGCCGUCGCAAAAGGCCGAAAGCCUGGGAUUUAUACGGAAUGGACCGACUGCAAAGCGCAGAUCUUAAACUAUAACGGCGCGAAGUAUAAGAAGUUCCCGAACCCCUCCAAAGCUGAGGCUUGGAUCCAGGGCAACGUAGGGUCUGACGUCGCCCGCGCGGCUAUGGAGACCUUUCUGGCAUCGAAUGCGACGUUUCGAACCGACGUGCUACCUCAGACUGCACCCGAAACUCACUCCGCCCCACCAGCUGUAUCUACCGCAGCAGGAGCAGCAGCGACAUCGCCUUCGAAACCGUUUGGGCUGCCCGCAGAGGGUCAACCUUGGAUUGUUUACACAGACGGCUCGUGUCAAGGAAACGGCAAGCCGGGCGCGGUGGCCGGGAUCGGCAUAUGGUGGGGCAAAGACGAUCCGCGGAACACAUGUGAACGCUGCCCCGGUGAUCAGACCAACAACCGCGCGGAGCUCAUCGCGAUCAUCCGCGUUCUAGAGACGGCACCUAUAGACACACACGCGCUCGUUAUCAAGACGGAUUCGUCGUAUAGCAUCAAUUGUCUAAGUGAUUGGCUCCCUAUGUGGAAGAGGAACGGCUGGAGACGUAGCACCGGGAAGCCGAUCUUGAACGUUCCGCUCAUAAAGUACGCCGACGCUCUGCUACAAGAGCGCCGCGAGUCCGCGAAGCAGCCGGUGGAUCUCGUGAAGGUCCUAGGACACUCCGGUGAAGAAGGGAAUGAGGGUGCCGAUCGACUGGCGAAUCUCGGUGCCACGAUGCCUACUGUGCCAGAUCGCGACUGGGCGGAUCUCAUAGAACAAACUCGAGCUCGUGUCAACAUGGUUCGCCCGGCUCAAGGGGUAGCGAUAAUGCAAGACACCGCUCGCAGUGACGUACCCGUCGCUCGGGCACCGCUCACCAAUGGGAACAUUGGACGACAAGCUCAGGUCGACGUUCCCAAUGUACCAGCAGUGGAGAAUGUGAUCAACCCGCCCGAACCAGCGGCAGCAGAUCGGAGAGUCGUCGUACCACGACGUACGAAGCCGGUCAGUGCCGCGAAGUCAUCGGUAUCCGCAGCAGCCGCGAAGGCACCUGCAUUGGUUUCAGACCCGCAAGACAUCGUGUACGGUGAUCCCAAUACUAAGAUCUCACCCGAGGAAUGGGAUCUUUACGCGGCUUGCAUCCUCUCGGACGAAGAGUUCUUGGAGGAGGCCGAACAGCAAGGCGUGUACGACUAACGCUUCGUAGUAUAUAUAUGGGCUACUUAUCCCCGUGGCCAUGGAUCUCAACUGGUCUUGUGCGUCUUCCGUCUUGUAUUGAGCGUCGGUGUAUUACCAGUAUGCCCCAC